AUGUUUCUAAACAACAGACUAUCACAGUACUUCUUCGACAUGGCCAACGAAGCAAAAGCCCAGCAGCCACAGAAUGGCGGUAACAAUGGAGUCGACGAGGCUCAGAUACGACAAGAGUCCGGCAGAGCUGCCGAGGAAGCUCUCAAGUUACAGCACGAGGCUUGGGAACUCAGGCAGGCUGCACACGGUGCUGCUGAUGCGGAGGAGAGGCAAAAGCUGUUGGAACAGGCCAUCGAUAGAGAAAUAGCUGCGGAAUCAUUUGGCAAGACUGCAAAGUAUAUGAGGUCAGGAACGUUUCAAGGCAUGGCCGUUGGUGCUGGCUUGGGCGUAGCACCUGCAGCGACUCUAGGCACUCUCACCGGAACGCUAGUCGGCGGAUUGACUUCUUUGAUUACAGGUGGCCUUGGAGGUGGUAUUGGGGCGCUCACUGGCCUCAUUCACGGUCCGUUCUGGAACACGGGGGAAUUGGCAGGCAAGGGCAUACAGAAAGUCACUGGCAAUUGGUGGAGCCGCGAAGCUACAGACGAGCAGAAGCAGACUUUGGAGAAGAUGAUGCAUCAAGCGAAUGAGACAAAGAUGCCGGGCAAAGAAGAGUUGCAAAGCAUGAGAAGCGAGUUUAGUGGUGGUGGAAAUGGCAAGUCCUGGACAGAGAGUGCGAAAUCGAUGAUGCCAACGAUGCCAUGGAGCGGGUCGAAACAAGAUGAUGAUAGUGGUAAUCAGUCGAAGCCCAGCAGAGGUGUCAAGGGACAGCAAAGCAAAGCAACGUCGCAACAAAAAGAAAGAGGUCCACCAGCUGGUGCCGGACGUUCCAACUCCAAACAAGGCACAAGAGCAGAUGACAAUGCAGUCCAUCAGUUGGCUGAGAGGCGAAAGCAGCCGCAGCGUUCAGACGGAAUAGCGAAACCAUCGACCGCACCGCAGCAAGGCUCGACGAGAGACAAACCGCAGCCUGCUGCUUCAGAGCCCUCCGCGAAAGCUGACGACCGGCAAGGAGCUCAGCAAGCGGAGCGUAAGAAGCCGCGGAAGCUACAAGUGCGUUCAGAUGACGGCAAUGCGCGACCCAAUGCCGAGCCUGCCACUGAGAAGAAGAAGCCUCGCAAGCUCGAGACUAGGUCGUGA